UCCUACUAGAGGGUAUUGUUCUCAUACUGGACUUAAUUGGACUCGAAACAGCUAUCGAGAAAUGUAAACUCAGUUUUUUGAGCCAAUUAAUUUUUAAUAUUUUCCCUGCUUUUUGAUCUAGUUGCUAAAACGAAUUUCCCUUUUGAAUAAUUUGAGUUGCGAUCCUUUUUGUCGCUCAAAAUGGGUUUACUGAAAAACUCAAAUUUAGCAGUUUUUCUGAACUUAAUAUUUGUGGCAAACUGUUGCUAUGUAUGUGAACCCGACAAAAUUCGGGUACCUUCGCCCAAACUAAGAGUUAUCAGUUUCGGACCGACAAAUAAAAUUGUGAGCAGUUCUGAAAUGCUGUCAGAUUUCAUAAUUGAGACCAAGGACGGAGUAGUGAGCGAAGACUUGUGUGGGAGCAUGUGUCUAUUUCAUUCCGAGUGCAAGUCGCUCAACUUCAACACGCGAACAAAGAGGUGCAACUUACUAGCCACCGACGUCAACCUCAAAAACAUCACAGGAGGCAUUGGAACAACGACUGGCGGAGACUGGAUUCAUCGUUCUGCAGGUGGUCUGCCCCGGGGCUGUCCCGAUGGCGCAGUUGUGUUGAGGAACUGCACGAGUGCGUGGGUGGAUUCGGCAACCACCUCUCAGAUUGUGGUGCACUGGAAAUAUCCUUCGGAUGCGGACGAACAGAGUGGAUACUUAGUGGGAUCGCAGGAUUUGGUUAUUGAGAACGAGGCCGACGUCGGUCAGUCUGAAGUGAUGAAUUCGGACGUGGUUGUUUUCAGUGGCGUUUCAGCCAUCGAGCGCAGAUAUGUGUUCGAUUCUCUCAUACCCGGGAUGCGCUACAACAUCAUAAUACAAGCUUUCUUCAAGAACAGCUUCAAGAUCCAAGUUCCUCUGCAAACCGAAGAAACCGUUGAACCUGCAAGACCCGCUCUAAAGUCUGCCGAAUCGUUCGAAAAGAGUAUGAUAGUCAACUGGACGCUAGAAGGAGUCGCAGAUAACUACCAUAUAUGGAAUACUCCUGGCGAUGGUAUCUGUGCUGGAUCUCUUGAGGGGUACUGUGAAGUUGAUGUGCAGCAACAUAGCCUGCAAAUAUCUGAAUUGGUUGCUGGAGAAGCAACUUCUGAACCCCAGUUUUUGAACCAAGUAGCAGUCAACAGCUACCCUGCUUUCCAGUCAAUCACCUUUGCUAACCCACCAGCAGCUUUCAACAGUGAUCUUCCCAUGUCCACUGAACCAUUUGCCACUUGCAGCUUCGCUGAAGCGUGGAACUUUCAAGGAACCACUAACCAGACUAGCACGCAGCGCAUAUCUUUCCAUCAGCCAGACGCCUCAGCCUCGACUAAUCAGCAACAAAUCUUGCAAUCAUGGCUGACACAGCAGCCUCCUCUUGCAGCACACGAGCAGCUCCUCAGCUUUAAUCAUCAGCCAGCAAUUGGAACCCCCAACUAA